AACUCCUAUCGCGUCGCGUAUCUUAACGGCGCUACUUAACCGUCACCAAUAUACCUUAUGCGGCCUGCUGAUAACGAUGAAUCAUUGACACAUACGACCUUUUCGUCGGUGCCGAGUUAUCUAUCGUUCCUACAUCCUACAAAACUUUUCUUUUAAUCUUCUCAUUACUUUUGCGUAAUGAAUAGGAACAAUUAAGGUAUAGAACUGUAUAUGUAUAAUUGGGAUAUUUAGGGAUGAGAUUAUAUUAAAAAGAUAUUAAACUCUCAUAAUUUUAUAUAUACGAUCUUUUAUUUAUGAUCUCUCCUACAAAAGUGUCCGCGUCAGAAUUAAGUUUAAAUGCUAGAUACUUUCCGAAAUUCAAUCCUAUGGAUUCUCGAUACGCAAAUCGAGGAAAAUUAAGGGAUCGCGAAAGCAAGGGAAAACUCUUAUCCACCGGAAGCUACGAUCUGCAUUAUUUCACAACUGACAGCGUCAAGAUUUGAAUUGUUUACGCGUGAACUUGCCCCCGUCCUGAAACAAUAUCAAUACUCCCCCGCGCCAGCACGUGUGAGGCCAGGGAUUUAUCUAUGUGGAGUGUCCGCGAGAGUGGGUGGCGGGCGGGCAGAUCGGUGAGAGAAAGAGGCUAACGCCCACAGCAGCUCGGCAGAUCGCGCGACUUCGCGGCCUUCGCGCAUCUCUCGUGAUAAGAGACGGAGGGAGGUCAGCACUUGGCGCGCGAGUCGUCGCACGACCUCGAGCGCACAAGGUCGUGCCGAGGUAUAAUCGAGGUGUAUCCAGGUGUAUCCAGGUGCAUCCCUCAUCUCGAUCGCUCUCUCGUUCGCGCAUCUCGCCGCCGCCGCCUCGUCGUUCUUCUCCCUCACGUCGAAAUUGCCGAGUCGCGUUUCGCGUUUGCCUCGCGAAUCUCUCGACCCAAGAUGUAGUCGAGCGGAGAUGCGUCGGACACCUCCCCCCAAGAUUCGCGCUUUUGCGCGGUACAUAUUCGGUGCGCGGGUAAGCCAGACCGACCGCGCAACAUCCCUGACUCCUGCGCGAGGGGAUAUCGACGUCGUCACGCCGGGAUAUCGUCGACGCGGAGAGAAACCCCGCGGAGGGUAGCCGUUUGAACGAGAUAAGGGAGUACAGGCGACUCGCACGGUCGUUCACUCGGUGACUACUCGGAGGUGUCACGAAUGUCACGAUAACGCCCCGUUCGAAUCGGUUAAGAUUUGACGAACGAAGAUGAAGGCGACCGUGUCAGGCGUGUUUCUCCCUCUCUGCCUCUUCUGCAUCAACCUGCCGGGUGUCACUAUGAACUUUGACCCGUUCUGCGGUGGUCACCUGACGGGCUCCAGAGGCGUCAUACACACGCCGAAUUUCCCCGGACCGUUUCCGGUUCCGAUCAAGUGUCGUUGGGUGAUCGACGUGUCCGACAUCCCGUCGACCAACAGCUCCAUCGUCGUCUACCUGACGCAGCUCUACGUCUACAAGGGGCUCCGCUUCACCGAAUACGCGUACUACGAGUCCGAGACCAUGAACUUUGGCGCGGCCCUGGUUAAGGAGGUGACCGAGGGUAACGUCUUCGAGUACCGGCGCCUCAGAACGUUCAGGCCGUUCCUGGUGGUCGAGUUCGAGCUCGAUCGGCUCGAGGGCAAUCACGUCAGGGUGCUGAACGACCUGCUCGACGUGUAUGGAUUUAACGUGACGUACGAGAUGACCGAGGAACAUCCGAAUCUCGAUUCCUGCACCGUACGCGACUGCUCCUUCGCGGGCAACUGUCUCGUCUCUGCGGAUUACACGUCUUUCUGGUGCGAUUGUUUUGAUGGUUUCAAUGGGAGGAGCUGCAACGAAGGUCCGUUGUGUUUUAACGAUGAAAAUAUUCCAGUUUGUCAAAACGAAGCCACAUGCAGGCAAAUUGGAGCAGAGGCAAUGCACUGCGAUUGUCCGAAUGGCUACGUCGGACACAACUGCGAAACUCGUCUUUUAGACAUUUCAGACACCGGAUGCGCUUCGGAACAUUGCGUACUGCAAUGUCCGAUCGACGUGCAAGGACCACCGUGCACGUGCAAAGACGGCAUACAAGUGAAGAUAUACAACAAUCGCUCGAGGUACGAAUGCAGAAUCAAAUUGUCGAAUGUUACGUCUCUCCGCACGGGUUUGGCGCAACACGGAAGUUUGGAAUCAUUUAUCAGCAAGCAGCUUGCGAAAUAUUUACGGAACUCCAAUAUUACUUCCAUGGACGAAUUAAGAAUCCUGAACAUGACACCAACGGCCGAAGUUACUUUUUAUUUUUUCGCGAAUUCCGACGACGGGGAUAAAAUUCGCGAAUCUUUAAAUCGACUCGUACAGCGCCGGCGUCUCAGCGAAAUUGCGUUGGAAUCCACGCAUUUUACCUUCCAGCAAAAACCCUUGCUUAAGCUGCAGAGACUGCGUAUUAAUCAAGUGAAUGAUUAUGAAGUUCACCUGGGAGAGCAAAUCGUUUUGCCGUGUACUGCACAUGGAAGCUCCAUUAUACGUUUCACUUGGUAUAAAGACAGCAUGUUGGUGAACACAAGUAAAGCUAUCAGAGAAAUUUCUAUUAACCAUUUGCCGAACGACGGAUCGGAUGUAUAUACAUCUAUAUUGACGAUUGAGAAGGCGACUCUGCUCGAUGCCGGUCAGUACACGUGUCGAGUAAUUGAUGGUAUGGAUAGUUGGGGUGUGCAGCAAUGCAAAAGUAUCUACGUCGAGGUCAGGGAUGAGCCGGACGUGAAGGUGAUGCCGAUGAGCGCCAGUGUAGAAAAAGGCAACAAUAUACAGCUGACAUGUAUGACUCCCAACAUGCGUAACAUUGGGAUUGGCUUCGGCUGGACGAAGAAUCGCGCCUUACUCAAGUUGGAGCCCGGUCAAGCGGUUUGGGAGGAUCUGUAUCCAGCGGGUAGCAUUCUAAAGAUCACUAAUAUUCAGAAAUCUGCGAUUUACACCUGCAACGUAGCGCACAAGUCUAUGUCCGUGCGAGUUGAAGUCAUGAAUCGAACGUUAAUACCGAUAUGCUUUAAAGAGAACUCCUGGGGUUUGCAAUGGCCAGACACCGCACCCGGAUCGGAGGCCUUGUUAGAAUGUCCCCGGUAUUUCGUAGGUCGACGAGUGUCCAGGCUCUGCUCGAUGAAGGACGCUACCACGCCCGAAUGGCAAAUACCGGAUUUUUCAUCCUGCUUAUACGAACCAUUGAUUUUACCGUAUAAUAAUUUUCAAAGUCUGACAUUGGGUUAUCAAAAAACUACAAGUUCGGACACGAUCCUCGCCUUUUGGGAGAUCUUGCGCAAACGUGCAUUGCCGCUCUAUCCUGGCGAAGGUGAUCGUAUAACGUGUAUGUUGGCAGAAAUCGAACGAUAUCAGCACAGUACCGAUCCAGAGGAUGCAAGCACCUCCGCGCAGGCUUUGAUUCGCAUAAUAAAUCGCAUACUGAGCGACGGAUACUCGAUCUUGGCUCAACAGAAACUAUCGGUGUUGCUUCAGCUUACACAACGCAAUUUAAUCCACUGGUCCAAACAGCAGAAAGAUGAACAUGGUUAUGCACAUGAACAUCUGCCUCUAUCGUCUAUGGUUGUAGAUAUGCAGCAAUUACAAUCUCAGAGUGGAGACAGUAUAACACAUUUUCUUCAAAUGCCUUCGUCCAUUGAUAUGUAUCCUGAUUGGUACGAGGACAAAGUAGCUAUACGUCUAUGGAAAAAGAAGCAGCGCAAUGUAAAGUCUAAUAACACAUAUACCGGAAUCGUUAUCGUCUACAAAAACUUGUCGCGCUUCAUUCCGUCAACGUACGUUAUGGAACUCGAUGAUGGCACAGAUCUGGAAUUUCGCAUCAAUUCUCGAGUGAUCACCGUCGCGGUGCCCUCCUUUGGCGCCGAUAAAAAUAACAAGAUAUGGGUUGACCUGCAAAUCCGGCAUUUCCAAAAUCAAACGAGCUCCUGGAAUACGUCGUGCGUCUUGAUGGAAAUCGCCGGAUCGUUUGAUUUCGAUGCUUGCAUUACAAAUACGGUAUCUGGCGAUGGGGUAACGCAUUGUUUGUGCCCUACUACGGGGACAGUCGCUGUUUUCUUGACAGCCCGUGCAGUAAGGGUAGUAUUGGCGAAAACAGAAGCAACCGCGUUCAUUAUAAUAUUAGGAUGCAGCAGUUGUCUUGUUCAGUGCUUACUGUCUGCUCUGAUAUUAGGCGCUUUUUGGAGGAAGCACAAAAGCUGGCUGAAUUUUCUAAAACUCCAAUGCUGCGGCGCAUUGAUAGGCGCAAUGGCCCUCUUCAUUUACGCCGUCCACAUUGAUCUUCCAGAGUCAUCUUACUCGCUCGUGGAGACAGGAUUAGAGGCGUUUCUCCUCGUGGGCAUGUCCGCGCCUAUUUCCGAGGUUCUAAUAGUAUAUGCCGAGCUCACACAAACUCGACCGAGCCAACAUCUUCAGCCGACACUGAUCGCCGUAAUAACUGGUGUCCCGAUUCUGGCUGUAUUUGCAACCGAACUAACGCAUCAAACUACCGGAAUACAACACGAAUCUUGGUGGCUUAUAUAUGGCAGCGACGUUUAUAACAUAUUUGUCAGCUGCGCCACGACAAUGUUUUUCGUAUUCAUAAUCCUGUAUAUAGGAGUGCUUCACAAAGUCCGCUCAUUAGUGAAGGAGAACGUGAUGAAGAGAGAGGCUGUAGAAGCGAGAAUACGAAUACUGCACCGCGCGGCUAUCAUCAUAUGCGGCAUGGUCACCAUGGAGGCAUCCUCUAUUUUCUAUAUAAAUUCGUCAUCCGAAAUUUUCCACUACAUAUUCGGGUCCCUGUCUUUCGCUCUGGGGUUCAGUAUAAUAAUCGUAUACAUCAUCAAUGGCGAGUGUACAGUUAUUGGACCAAUAUUACGGAGAAUCAGGUGGAAACGCAAUGUGGACGAGGAACACACGUCCGAACCCAUUAAAGUGUGCUCGAAAACUGACGCAGAAGUGGAAAACGAUUCAGCGAUUCCGCCGGCGUCGUGCUCGAUCGCCGGCGAGCCGUAUCGGGAGGCACGAGGCGUCGCCGCGGGUAGCAUAGACAUGCGCGAAUUUGUGUCCGAGUCUUCGUCCACCUACGCCAAGUCGUCCGUCCCCGCGACCAGUAGAUUCCUGCCGGAGAUCCGGAUAGACCAUUCGGACAAUAUCGAUCUCGAGAAUUACAGCACGAGUCCGCGCAAGUACCAGGAGCCGCCGGUGUUCGUCGACCCGGCGUAUCCCGCGCGCGGCUCCCGCUGCGUCAACGAGGUGAUGGCCUACAGUGUUAACGAACGCGGCAGCUUCCGCGUCGGCGACGCGGCGGGCAAGUAUCGCGGCGACGGUAAGACCUUCCCGCCGGUGGCGAGCGCGUCCCCCGAGUCGUCGGCCAAGGUCCUCUGCAGCGCCGACGUGGAGUCGCGAUUGGGCGCGAUGCCGGACGUCACGUUGGCCGUGAAGAGCGACGUCGAGCUGUCGUCGCGAACGAGCGCGGAGAGCCGGGAGCACGUGGUGAGCGCCAUGCCGGACAUCGCCAACACGAGCGAGCGCAAGCAGCCCGACGGCGAGGAGAAGACGCCGGAGAUCGUGGUGACGACAGGCGGCUGCGACAGCGCGACCAGCGGUAUGCUAGACCGCAUCUCUCACGAUCUUGACUAUCUGCUUAAUCGCACGCACGCCAAAGAGGGAGCUUGAAAUCUAUCAAGAUCGCGAGAAAGUAUACAUGCGACAAAUGUAGGUUGUUAAAUUUGUACAAAACGAAUUUCGCCACAAGUUUCCACAUAAAUCAUAAGUGAAUCGCAGGUCAUCGCAUUUCAUGUAUCAUAGUUUAUCUAGGAUAAUAUUCGUCGCUAUUGCGUUUUAUUCGCUGUGUAACGGGGACUCGACGUGAGAACGCGAUACGAUCGUAUAUGGGAGCUGCAAACCAAAGUCUAAAAAGAGUACACAUAUAUAAUCCCUUCUUAUUUCUUAUACACUCGCAUAUCUGCACCAGAAUGCUAAAUCAUUUGUAAUCUGAUCGCUGAUCAUGAAUCGGCAAGAGUCGUAAAAGGAAAGUCGAUGCGACAAGUGAUUCUUCAUCGUACUCCAUCCAUCAGAAUUUGCUUUAAAUAUAAUCUCGAAAUUUUCUCUAUUAUAGACAUUUAUAUUCACGUCCAUUAUAUAUCGUGAGGGAACCUUAUUGCCCCUCGUAAUAAAAGAAUAGAAACUAAAAAAAA